AUGCGUGUCCGCAUCGAACGUCCAAACGAGGCUCGGAACGGCCCCCGCAAAACAGGUCUGUACAAGAACGAGUACCGUAACCUGACCAACCGCACGUACCUGCUCCCCGCCUCCCCUGCCGAGUGGACGGUCGUGCUGUGGCCCAUCACCAUGGGCUGGCUGCUCUUCUGCGUCUUGUUCGGAUAUGUGUUGCUGUGCGUCAAGAACCCCGUGGGGCCCGCCUACAAGAGUCCCCCAGUUCUGGGGGCGUGGUUCCUCCUCAACUUCACCCUGAGCUUGUUCUGUGUCAUCGCCUGGAGUAUUGUUUACGACAGGGAACUUGUCGUGCCCGCUGCCGUCCUCAGCAUCCUUGCUGCCAUCCUCAGCUGGAUCGCCACGGCAGAAAUAUACAGAACGGUGCACGAAUAUGGCGGCUGGAUGGCACGUCACUCGCGCGUUAUGCUGUGGCUGUACCGCCUGCUGUGGCAUAAUGGCAUGGCUGGCUUCACUGCCUGGCUCACCAUCCAGGCCAUUUACGUACUCUUCGUCACUCUCAGGGCGAUGGCGGGUAUGUCCCUCAUCAACACGGUGUGGGGGGUGUUCGGCAGCAUGACCGCCAUCAUCGUCGUCUGGUUCAUCCUGGAGAAUUCCAUCCUGGACAGCUACGGGCGCUACACCUUCACGCAGUAUCCCGUGGUGGUUGUUCACAUGGCUGGGGUGUACGUGGCUGUUAAGGACCUACAGAACGUCAACGAAGUUAAAGCUUUCGCCAUCGCGCUCCUCGCCCUCGCUUGUGUCUGUGCUGCUCUGCGUAUCAUCCUGAUGUUCGUCCGAGGUUUCAAGUGUCCGCUAUACUCAAACAACAAAGUGGGAGAAGAUCCCAUCACCAGCUUCGCUUCAUAAGCCUUCUCUCCCUACCGAUCACUCAGAUAAAUUAGGGGUCAUUUUGUUCAAAUAGUGACACACUCGCUGACCUACAGCACGAGCAGAGUGCGGACGUAGCACUCAUAGGACAAACUGGGUCAGGAUGACUCACAUGCGGUCAAAAGGAGGAUUUGGACAAAGUGUCACUCAUUUUUCUGGGUGAAUAAGCCUUCAAAGGCUACUUGAUUUUUUCAUACAGACGAAAUUACGACCAUCAAUGUUGCAUACAAGAAGGAAAGUAUACACGAGGCUUUUAAUAACGCAUGUCAUGUAAAGAUCGCGGCCGUGUAUGUUUCAUACAUGAUGUCAUUCAAGUGAAUUUCAUUCAAGAUGUAUACCAUGUAUAUGGCAUACAAGAUGGCGGCAAGACAGCCCAAAAUGUAUAACAGAACGUGUAUCGUCUUCUCAAUAUUUUGCAUUCAAUCUAUUUAAUCUUUAUUUAGGCCUAUCCCAAUACUGACACACUUGCUUCACGUUGCGCUGAUACGCCCUCAGGCCGGUCAAACCCAACCCGAAUGACCCGCACAAUGACAAAAAGUGCAUCGCUAUUUGGACAAAGUCUCACUCGUUUCUUUGAGUGUAGAAUUGAACGGUCUUUAAAAAAUUCAAAUGAAGUUUACGUGAAAAAAUGGCGGUGUUGAACGAUCCUGCCUGUCAGCUCGUGGUUUUCUAUAGCACGUAGCUCUAGAAAUAUUAUCCAUAGACAAUUCUUUCACUCAGAGGGUGAAACGCAGAUUUUUUCGUAAACUGUGCAUGAGAAUGUAUGUAUAUAUGGUUAUGCUUGGUGUGUAACUUGGAAAUUUUUUUUCAAAUUUCAAGCCUUAAAUUCACGAAGCUGUGGGUUCGAUUUUAAAGAUAGUGCGAAUUAUGCUUAUUUUGAGAAUUUUUUUCUUAUUAUACUAAAAAUUCAGUUUUAACUACAUUAAAGAACUACAAAAUUUUAGCUGUCUAUCCGAUCUUUAUAAAAUUAUCAUAACAAUUCUAUUUCGAUCUCAAAUUGCCUGCAUGUAAAAUAAGCUCAGAAGAUUAUUUGCCUUAAUUGUUAUAGAAAUUUGUGGCUCCGAUGCGCACAAAAAAAGACUCGUGCGUUCCUACGCAUAUACUUUUAGUUCAAGUGCACAUUGUGCUCAUACAUAAUGUGCUCAUGUAUAAUGCGCUCAUAUAUAUAAUGUGCUCAUAUAUAAUGCGCUCGUACAUAAUGCGCUCAUGUAUAAUGCGCUCAUAUAUAAUGUGCUCAUAUAUAAUGCGCUCAUAUAUAAUGUGCUCAUGUAUAAUGCGCUCAUAUAUAAUGUGCUCAUAUAUAAUGCGCUCAUAUAUAAUGUGCUCAUGUAUACUGCGCUCACAUAUAUAAUGUGCUCGCAUAUAAUGUGCUCAUAUAUAACGCGCUCACAUAUAUAAUGCGCUCACUCAAACAUGCGUGGAGUGACACGUAUGUCUGUGACGUGACCACUUCAGUUGUGUGAUGUUACGUUGUGUGUGGCCAAGGCUGUACAUCGCACCGCUGCUACACGAAUAAUUCUUGUGUAGCUUGUAUGAAUCCUGGAAUAGCCAUGUGAGUCAGGCUCAUGGCAUGUUAUUCACAUGAAUCAUGACAUGAGAAGGCUAACAUGGGAAGGCUCAUGUCAUGGGAAGGCUCACUCGUAUUGCCUUCCCAUGGCAAGGCUCGAUGAAGAUUCAACUGCAAAGAUUUUUUUGAAGUUUCUGUUCCCGGCCUACAAGUGUAAAUAUUUCCUAACUCUGCUCAAAAAUACGGGAGUAAUUUAGCAGGGCUCUUUCGAGAUCGAGAAACACAAAAUGUCUUUUGAAUACAUUAAAAUAACAAGUAAUUUAUCGACGCCUUCACGAACAGAGGAUAAAACGGUAAUUAUUAAUCUGAGGGAAAUAUCUUUAAAAAUAAAUGGGAAAUUCAAUGAAAAAUUUCCGCAAUUGAUUAAGAAAUCUUACGUUCGAACAAAAUUUUAAGGCUCUGCAAAAAUACUUUAAAAUGUUCGCUAUGGUUUGAAUAUAUUUGAAUUAUUCGCUGAGUUAUUUACUGAAAUAACUACUGCGCUAAGGGAUCAACUGGAACAUUAGGAGUCGUAAACAUUGUAAAAAAUAGCACAAUAACAAUUUAAGUCUUAAUGCGUGUUAUUAUAAUUAAGAAAGAAUCUUGUGUUGGAAAUUGUACGAAAUUCGCAAUUUGUCAAAUUGUUCCGAAAAUCUAACAAGGAUAUCGUCCUGCAGAACGUCCCAGAUAUCGCUCGUUGACAGAAAUCGCUUAACGGAACUGAUUGCGGAAAUUCAGAAUAAAACUUAUUGGAAUACAAAUAUCAAUAGCGAAGAACAACGUAGAUUAAAUUUAAUUUGAAAGUAUGAACUCGAACGUGACUUUCUAGUGGUUGAGCGCUGUAUAAUUAGCUUUGAUAUUCGUGGUCACUCAGACUUUUCUUAUUUGUAUUUAUAUAUCGAAUAUAUAUAAAUACAAAACAUACAGAAUACAUACAGAUACUUGUGUUUGAUCGUAUAUUUGUAUUUUGCACUUAAAAUCUUGUACUUUAUUCCGAUGGUUAACUCGUGAAAAUUUUUUCGCAUUUUGUGUUGAUAAGAGUUAAUUAAAGAUGCCUCCUUGGUCCUGAAAAAGACGUAUGUUUCAUUACGUUAAUUAAAUCGCUGUACAUUAGUUAACAAAUUUGCAGAAACGAAUGUACUGAUGUAAUUUUUCAGCACAGCUGUACGGACCAGAUCACGCGAAAGUUUAAUCGAAAAUGAAUAUUUCUAGAAAAUGUAUUGGAUAUUCGCCCAGCACAUCAUUUAAACAUUAUGCUGGAUAAUUAAUCAUAGAAAUCAUCAUAUAGCGCGGUCAUUCCUGUAAAUAUAUUUGGUGUGUAUAAAGACAAACUUAAGUGCUUUACUUACUUCCAAAAUUCCGUUUAACUCAUUUCAUUCUAGCUCACUUUGCGACUUCCUUUUAACUCACUUUCCGAUUUAUUCCGAUUACAACCUGGACGUUUUGCUUUUGUAUGCACGACGUAGAUAGCAAUUUAUAAUAUAAUUUAUUAGCAUCUAACUCCUCGGUAAAGCGCUAAUCACAUAUUUUAUGUAUGCAAUUGAGUAAUUAGUGUUACAUUCACAUGCGGAUGAAUGUCGUCCAAUGUUUAAUUUAGAAUUGAAUUGAGCGCUCAAUUUUUCCACGUGAACAUGUUCCUUGCAUUUGCUGAACUUUUUGGAUAUUAAAUUGAUUUCUUUUUAUUAUUAGUUUGCUUUGAAUGCCAAUUAACCAAGAAUUUAGUUGCAAAAAUGAUGCCAAGUGAAUUCGUCAUGUAGUAAUAACAAAUAACUGAACGUUUAACGUCGAUUGUGAGAUGCCAUAUGGCUGACGUUCUAAAAUAAUCAAAAUAGAAAAAAAUUAAUUAACUCAUUUACGGUGCGUGUGUGUGUGUGUUGUGUGUGUUUGUAGUUUGUCAUGCCGUAAAAGUUUCGUAUUACCUUUAAUAUUUAAUAUAAUACCUUUUGAAUUUCGCUUAAGUCAGAACCGAGCAUAAAUCGAGUAUUUUAUAUAAUUAGCCAUAUUGAUAAUAUAGUCUCCCACUACAUCGUUUAGCGUAGACUACACUAAAGGAGGUGGACAAAAUAACCAUGCAUGUGAUUAUUUACAUUGAAUAUUACGUAUUACGUGAAAACAAUACAUGGAAAUUCGAAUACUCGAAUAUCUGAAUACUUUCGGAAAAAGUGUAUCGGGUUGACUCACUUGUGCCACUUAGCGACAUACCGAGCAUGGUAUUGCUUCUAGGAUUACCGAGAGAGGUAUUACUUAAUUCAAGAGAUACCGAUCCAUGUAUAGCAUACCUCCUUUCUUGUGGUCUAUGUUAACGGACUAUACCUUCAGUAUUGACGCACGACAAUAGCUGUCAUUGUAAACUGAACAAUUUAGUAGUGAACAAGAGUUACAGAAUUUAGAGAUCAGCUUCAAUGUUCUGCCUCCCUAAAACUGAACAAGUUUUAACCUCUAAUUGAUGUGAAUAAAUCUAAAAGAGCAUUUGUUUAAAUCAGAAGUAGAUGGAAAAAAUCUAUUUUAUUCUCCCAAAUAUUUCAAUUUAAAUGGUGCAAAAAUUUAUGCCCAUGUCAAGCAAAUGCCGUCUAUCCAGGCGUAUGAACUUAAAAUGUAUGCGAACACAGUUUCAUCUACAUACUCCGAUUUGCUUAUACUGGCCCAAAAAUUUGGUGCAAACGCAAUUCGAUAAAAAUUUAAUAUCUCGCUAUGGAGCUCUUCCAUUAUAUCCCUAACAAAAUUUAGGUACCGCAUAGGCUUCUGCUCAAGAGUCUCUACACUCGGCCUAAAGUAUUACGACUUACGAGUCUGCUUGGCCACAGGACCAAAUCAUCUUCUGGUCUGAAUCUCUUUUCCGACUUAAUUCAGAAGAAUUAAUCUUCUGAAAUUAAAUUAAUUAAUACAUUAAGAAUCUUAGUUCUUAAUUCAGACUCUUCCGACCUGAGAGUAAGACAAAGGUUGGUCGAGCCGAGUCAUGCCGGGCUUGCAAGCUACUUAGAGGCUGUACUUGAAGCCCAGCCGAAGUGUAAAUUAGCUGCUGAUCUGCGUGCUCCCCGAGUUCUAGCCGCACCUAAUGCAGAAUCGGGACCGCAUCUAAAUUUUGUUAGUGAUAUACUGCAUUUUAGUUUUUUUGGGGGUAAACUUGCGUCACGUUUAGGAGGCAGCGCGUGCGAGCUGACAAUGGUUCUUGGGAUACCAGUGUAUACUGAUGGUUCUCUGUAUUUUGGUAGUGAUGGUUCUCUGGAUACCAGUUUAUACUGAAAGUCCUCUGUAUUUUGGUACUGAUGGUUCUUUGGAUACCAAUGUAUACUGAAGCAUCUCUUGCCUUCGUUAGCGUACUUUCUCUGACUUCACCUAGCUACCUCUCAAACCGAUAAUAGUAAUUUGUUUCAAUUUGUAUAUGAAGUCCUCAAAAGUAAAAACCUAGUGAAAGAUGGGCUCAAUGUCGCGACAUUCUUACAAUAAAUAAUUAUAUUUUA